CCCUCUCUCUCUACAUUCACUAUUUCCUUGCUCCCAGAAAACGAAACUUACGCUCUCUCCUUUUAAAACCCUUUCCUGCAUUCAUUAUAAAAGACUCACAACCCUCACAUUACUUGAUCACACCAAAAACUCUCAACUCCCUUCUCAAAUCUUUCUUUUCAUUCACAAAAUACAUUGUUCUGAUCUCAUCAAGAAUGGCUCAUCCAAUAACACCACUAUCACCACCACUGAAAGAUGAACUAGACAUUGUCAUCCCAACAAUCAGAAACCUCGAUUUCUUAGAGCAGUGGAGACCCUUUUUCCAACCUUAUCAUUUGAUCAUCGUUCAAGAUGGUGAUCCUAACAAAACCAUCAAAGUGCCAGAAGGUUUUGAUUAUGAGUUGUACAACAGGAAUGAUGUGAACAAGCUGCUUGGUCCUAAAGCUAGCUGUAUCUCUUUCAAGGAUUCUGCUUGCAGGUGUUUCGGUUUCCUUGUUUCUAAGAAGAAAUAUAUCUUCACCAUUGAUGAUGAUUGCUUUGUUGCAAAAGACCCCACUGGACAGGAGAUUAACGCGUUGGCGCAACAUAUCAAGAACUUGUUGACACCAUCAACACCAUUGUUCUUCAACACUCUGUAUGAUCCAUUCAGAGAAGGUGCAGAUUUUGUGCGAGGAUACCCAUUCAGCUUCAGAGAAGGUGUUCCGACUGCAAUUUCUCAUGGUUUGUGGCUCAAUAUCCCUGAUUACGACGCUCCCACUCAGCUCGUCAAGCCUCUCGAGCGUAACAACAGCGCAAACAGGUAUGUUGAUGCAGUCAUGACAAUUCCCAAAGGAAGUUUGUUCCCUAUGUGUGGAAUGAACCUUGGGUUCGACAGGGAGCUCAUCGGCCCUGCCAUGUACUUUGGUCUCAUGGGUGAUGGUCAACCCAUUGGUCGUUACGACGACAUGUGGGCUGGAUGGUGCUGCAAGGUGAUCUGCGAUCAUUUGAACCUGGGAGUGAAAACAGGAUUGCCAUACCUCUGGCAUAGCAAGGCAAGUAACCCAUUUGUGAACUUGAAGAAAGAAUACAAGGGUAUCUACUGGCAAGAAGAGAUCAUUCCAUUCUUCCAAAAUCUUACGAUCCCAAAGGAAUGCACAACUGUUCAAAAGUGUUACAUUGAAUUGUCCAAGCUGGUCAAGGAAAAGCUUGGUCCUAUUGACCCUUACUUCCAGACUCUUGGUGAUGCAAUGGUUACCUGGAUCGAAGCGUGGGAUGAACUCAACCCACCAAAGAAAGCUGAAGGAGCAGCGUCACUAUCAGCUCCAGCAUCAGCCAAGGCGGAGCCAACACCCAAGGCCAAGUAAAGAGAAUGAAUUCACGGACACUAGUUUCAAAUAAUCCCAGGAAUUGGAAUAUGAUCAUAUUUCUCCUAAAAAAUUUACUUUCUGUUCAUCUGAUUAUGUUGCACUGCUUAUUGCAUUUAUCGUUUGUUAUAUUUUGCUGUACUUCAACUUUCUCUACAAUGUAUUAGGGUUUACACAUUUAUGGUCAUUUGAUCACUUGUUAUUCAUAAGUGAAUCCUUAAGUUUAUUAAGGAUCCAUCACAACUUCAAUAU